AUGUUCAUUCAACCUCAACAAGGUCAAAUAAUAGACAAGCUGCAGCAGAACCUUGUUGAGAAGAGAAGACCCAAACGAAAGCCAUUCGGAAAUGAACGAAGAACAGAAUUCGAAUAUUCAAAAGUGGCAGAAGAUCUGGAAAGAGAUGUCUUAAGACUUCAAGAAGAUAUCGGACGUUUACUGGCAAAAGUGACAAAAAAAAGAAAAGUUAACAAGACAAUUCAAAUUACACCACCAUCACAAUCACCCACAAUAGUAAGACGAAGAUCCACGGAUUUUCUGUUAAAUAUAAUCAAGAAUAUACUAUCAUAUAUUUUGAUUCCUUUUCAUAUGGCAUUAGCUAUACCUAAAAAACUAUAUCGUAGCAUAAAUUGUACAGUCAUUUUAAUUCUUAUACUAUUAAUAGAAUGUUUUAUUAUUUUCCUUGUUUGGACCGCCAAAAGAUCGUUUCAUGCUUAUUCGUACGUUGAAUCGUACGAACCGGCCGUACACGGAACUUUUGGAGUAGACCAAACUACAUCUUUCGGAAUAAUUAAUUCAAUACAGGACUUUUUUGCUGAUUUAUUGAUUGGACAUCGUAGAUUCGGUGUUUCGAGUUAUGAAGAGCUUGUGCCAGUAUAA